ACAUCUCAACCAUAAAACCAGAAAGCAUGAAAGUAGUGUUCUAAAGCUCUACCGUACACAAAAAUGGCUACUACUACAACAACAACAACUUCUCUUCUACCAAAAUCCAUCUCACCUUUCCCCACAAACCCAUCAUCUUCUUCCUCAUCAUCUCCCCUAACCCACUUCCCCAAUAAUCUCUCCUUUAACCAACCGCCUCUCUCCACCAAAAAACCCACCACCACUCUCAUUCCAAACGCCACCAAGAAAAAAAAGAACCCAUGGCUCGACCCUUUCGACGACGGUGAUGACCCCGAAUUACAAUACGGCUCUCUCUUCACCGAUGGCAAGCAAGAGGAAGAUCCAAGACCACCCGACAACCCUGAGAACCCGUAUGGAUUCCUCAAAUUCCCAAUGGGUUACAGUGUGGAAAUUGCUUCUCUGGGUCUGAAGAUCAGAGGCGAUGUUUGGCGAUGUUGUUGUGUUGUCUCGGGUGGUGUUUAUGAGAACUUGCUGUUUUUUCCGGCAAUUCAGUUGAUUAAGGAUCGGUAUCCUGGUGUUCAGGUGGAUGUGGUGGCGGCGGGGAGAGGGAAGCAGAGUUAUGAGUUGAAUAAGAAUGUGAGGUGGGCUGAUGCUUAUGAUCCUGAUGAGGAUUUUCCUGAGCCUGCUGUUUAUACUGACAUGAUUGGGAUAAUUAAGGUUUGUUUGUGUAUUUUGUGUGGUAAUUCUUGUUCAUUUCUCUUAGCAAUUUAAGAAGAUUUUGAUUUAUUUUUUAUUUAUUUUUGAUUUAUUUGUCUUAAUUGCAUUCUUAAACUUCACACACUAAUCUAACGUCGUUUCUUCUCUUAAUUGUUGUCUAACGAAUACAUGAAAAAUAUUUUCGCUAAGAACAUUUUAGCACAUCAAUCAAAUAGUCAAAAUGCCAUGUAA